AUGUUAAAAAAAAAAUUCAAAAAUAUUCGUACCAAAAUUUAUUCUCUUGAAGAAGACGUCGAUGAUUUUGGAAUACAAAAUCUUAACGAAGAAAGUGACACGUUUAAAGUGAUAAGAAGCUCUGCAAGUCGCAAGUUUUUGCAAACAAAAUCAAAAAAGUUAGUUAUAGAUCAAUUAGAUCAAAGUUCGGAAAGUUCUGAAAUUUCGGGAAUACCUGACGAAAAUACAAUUAAAGCUGCUAAAAGGAGAAGGGAAGAAUUGCGACAAAGACAAUCUUAUCCAGAUUAUAUUCCAUUAGAAGAUUACGAAGAUGUUGAAGACGUUAUGGAAAAACAAUUAGAGUCAAGAUUAGUUCGUGAAGAUGAAGAAGAUGCAGAAGAUGAAUUAGGUCCUUAUGCUGAAGAAAAAUUACCUCUUGGUAAAAAAGCAGAGAAAGAACAUAAACGUCUUCGAAAAGUAGGAAUUGAAGAAAGUAUUAUGGACGUUGAUUUUGAAGAUGAAGAUGAUGAAUUUAUACAAUGGGAAAUGGACGCAAUCAAAAAAGGUGGAGGAAUUUUUAGUAAUAAACCUUCAAAACCACCAAUAAAACGUCCAAUUGGACCUAAUCUAACACAAAAAGAUAUAGAAACUAAUCAAACAUCAAGUGAAAAAUUAGAAAUAGAUUUACAAGUCACGAAGAAUCGGUAUACAUAUUUUCAAGAAUUAAGAUUGUUCAUUGAGAAUCUAGUUGGAUUUCUUGACGAUAAGGUUGUUACAAUUGAAAUUACAGAACUUGAGAAAUUAGAGAAUGAUUUUCAGAAAUUACUUACCGAUAGAUCAGAAUUCAUAAUGAAAAAAAUCUUGAAAGAAGAUUCCGAUGACUUGAAAUCAUUUUGUAAUGUAUAUCAAGAUAAAACUAGUAAUAAUAUGAAUAAUGUGAAUGAUAAUAUUCAAGAAGAAAAGGAUGAAGUUGAUGAAUUCGACAAGAUAUCAUAUCAUCGUACAAGAUUAUUUGAUGAUGUUGUUGAUGAAUUUAAAUCCUUGGAUUCGGUGAAGUCAAUAUUUGAUAUAUGGAAAAGGGACUUUAAUGAAGAUUAUACAAAAGCCUAUGGUGAUUUAAGUUUACCGAGUGUAUUUGAAUUCUAUGUACGGCACGAAAUAUUAUUAUGGGAAUCAUUUGAGGGUCAUACUAAUUUUGAAGAAAUAAAAUGGUUUCAAGUUUUAUGUGAUUCCGGGGAAACAACUGAUAAUAUAAUUUUGAAAAAAGUUAUAGAUAAAGUUGUGCUUCCACGAACAAAAUACUUAAUAAUGGUUUUGGAUCCAUAUUCAAAUAAUAAAAUCAAGUCUACUAUCGAAUUUUUUGAUUCUAUAACGAAAUUUGUUGACAAAGAAUCUCAAAAUUUCAAGGAUUUUUCAUCAGCAAUUACUAGUCGUUUACAAAAUGUAGUCAGUUCUAUAGAAGUGCCAGAAGAUGAAGCAUUAAUUUUAUCAUUGACUCAUACGUCUCCGCAACGUGAGAUAACAGAAGUAGAAAUUGAAAGAUCGCGUGAUAGAUAUUUUUGGCGUAAAUAUGAGUUACUUCAAAAUCUUAUUCUAUGGAGGAAUUAUUUAUCGGAUGAUUUUUUACAACCACUUGUCACUGAACAUUUGAUUUACCGUUGUUUAUUACGAGUUUUAGAUUUAUCCCCUCCUUCUCCUCAUAAGUUUGAACAGAUGUUGAGAAUUAUCCCAAGUGAAUGGCUUUCAGCUUCGAUACUAGAAAGAAUGGCACGCGGAGCUGCAGGUGUUGAAUAUGAUUUCAUUGGUGUUAAGGGAUAUCCCGGAAAAAAUAAAAUGAGAUAUUUUGUUAAUUGA